AUGUCUUCCUACGGACAGAUGCUUAGCUCCCGCUGUGCUGCACCAUGUGAAGUGACGUGCCCACAGCCGUUUGUCAACUGUUGGAAUGAACCAUGUGUCAGUUCAUGUGGAGAUUCAAGAGCAAUCGUGUACGCACCACCUGUUGUCGUGACUUUCCCAGGACCCAUCAUCAGCUCGUGCCCUCAAGAAAGCUUUGUGGGAACUGCCAUGCCUGAAAUUGAGGGUCAGAUGGGCUAUGGGAGUGGGGGAAUGGGCUCCGGAGGUGGAGGAAUGGGCUCCGGAGGUGGAGGAAUGAGCUCCGGAGGUGGAGGAAUGAGCUCUGGUGGGGGCUCAUAUGGUGGGGAGGGCUCGUGUGGUGGUGGAAUCUCUCGUUUGGGAAGCUGUUACCGAAACUCAUUUUUUUCAACAUUUGGUAGAAAUUACUUCCCCUUUUUUUCCAGAGGAUAUUAUAGGUAUGGCUAUGGAAACUAUGGGUCACUUUAA